AUUAGAAUUCUAUUUCUAUUGUUUGUUAAAAUAUAUAUCUAUUGUUUUAGAUGUUCAUUAUGUUUAUAUUUUCACUGUGGUUGGUGGUUAUUUCUUCUUGUUGUACAAUACCUGACAUAAAGAAAGACGAAAAUGUUAGUUGUGGUCAACUGAUUUGUUCUAAUGACAGUCGAACGUGUACAGUUAAACGAAUUGUGACUUCUCAACUCGACAACGUUUUGUCUGUUAGUGGGCCUUUAGCCCUUUCCUUAUUCGGUGAAUCGUUAAUAGAGCCUUUCAACAUAACAUUACUGCCACAUGAACUGGUAUACUUAAAGAUGUCUGGCUACACGAUUGAAGAUUUAUGGUUCAUCGAUCAAAUGCCACAACUGAAGGUCAUAAUUUUGAACACCAUUUUGGAAUGUGAUGAAAAUCUGAACAUCACUAAUAAUUCCGCCCUGACACAUAUAUCUAUAACAAGGACUGAGUGUCUGUCUUCGUUUUCCCUUUCUUGGACAAAUUCGCCUGUGGAAUUGAUAUUAUCGGAAAAUAAACUGGAGCAUUUCAACAUGAUUGGGAAUUUAGAGAACUUGGAGCGUUUAGAUUUAAGUAAUAAUCAGUUGUCACAGAUAGACGUCGGAAUCAACUCGCCCAGUCUGAAAAUACUGAACGUGAGUCGAAAUUCACUGGAUCACUUUUGGCUGGAUUGCGGGGAACUAGCAAACAAGCCGAACUUAGAGAUUGUAGAUUAUUCAUUCAAUAACGUUUACAUAUUGCCAUACUGUCAAAACAUAUUUAAAAAGUUAUUGAAAUUUAAUGUAAGUCACAAUUACAUUUACGAAAUCCACGUGGGAUAUUUUGCCCACGCUGGAAACUUACGGGAGUUGGACAUAUCGUUUAACAACUUGUUGCGGAUUGUGGAUGGAACUUUUACGAAGCUAAAACAAUUAACUGUCUUGAUUAUGUCUAAUAAUAAACUGGAAUAUCUUCAUAACAACGUAUUUUCGUCUUUGAUUAAGCUGGAGUUCUUGGAUGUAAGUAACAACAAGUUGUGGCAGUUCAACUACGAUUUUAAAGAAUCACUUACAUCUCUUAAAACUAUUCGGAUUGAGAAUAAUUCUUGGAUCUGCAAUCAUUUGUUUAAACUCUUAAAUGCAAUUAAAUCUCAUAAUAUUACACAUUUACAAGAGUCAUCGUGUGACGAAAAUGUUAACAUUGAUUUCAUUUGUUGUAUAAAUAUACCCAAAGUUGUAAGUUUAGAAAUUAUGUUAACGUAGUUAAGUAGAAUUACUGUAUUAUUUACAACCGACUGUGAUAACUGUUUGUUUACUUGGUACUUAACUGUGUGAACAAUUGAAUGAAUUGUGUAAUAAUAUUUAUC